UGCAGAAUUCCGGAUCUACUCGGCUCUGUUUCUCCCGUCCGUCUGCUGCUCUUGGUGUGGGUGUGAUUUUUCUGGCUUCUGAUUUCUUGAUUUUUCCUUCCAUGCCCGUCGGCCUCGCCCAAACCCGCCAGCUUCGGUUUUCUUGUUGCAAAUUCUGGUCCUUGAUCAUUGGUUGCCCUAGCACUUGGGUCGAGUCGUUUGUUUUACAUGAUUUGAAGUAAGUAAAUUAUAAUAACGCCUUCUGAUUUUAAAGCACAUUUUAGCUUAUUUUUGAAGUGGUGGCGGGACUAAACCCAUUUUACAUAAGUAUGAUCGAUUUGAAAUAAAAUUAUUAUUCUUUUUAUUGAUUUGAGCAUGCCUCCUUGGAGUUUACUUAACUGUCUUGAUGAUCUAAAAAUUAUUUGUGAAUUAUGAUUUUCCUGUUAACUUUUGCCUAUUUUGUCUCCGAUAUGGUCAUGUUAUUCGUGUGCCCGCUAGUAGGAGUUUUAUAAAUGCUAGCACACGUCGACAUGUUAUUGAUAGAAUCGGUUCGUUUCUGUUAUUCUGAAAUCUUGCUAGUGGGAUUAUACACUAGUAAAUCGUGUGCCUGCCAGUGGGAGGUUUAUAACACUGGCCAUGACCUAUAAAGGAGACGUUUAUUUUGUUUCCGUACUCAUACCUAUUUUUCGUGAUUAUACUGGUUGGCAUACUAUAAGUUUAAUUAAGGGCUAUCCAUAUUUACUUACAGAGUUAUCUCAUAGUUUUUUCUUAUCCACCAUUUCAAGAAGCGAAGUCAAGGACAGGAAAAAACAAGGGGAGUGACAAGUUAGAAGGCCAGCCAUCUUGUAAAUUGAGCAUAGAUUUUAGAUAUAAAUCAUGAUCUUGUAA